CCUCCCUUUUCAUCCUCUUUUGCCCUUUUUAAAAAUCAAAACGGCUAUGUCACAAACCAAGAAACCACAGUCGCUGACUAGUGAAAUAUAUGAUAACUUAGAUACAUCUUCUGUAACAGUUGAGUUGCUCCAAAGACAUUCGUUAUUGACAGAGAAGGAGUCAAGAUCUGCAUUUAAAAAUGCGUUUAAAAACAUAGAAAAGAGAAAGCACUACCAACUUUACAAAGAUCAAGUCAAUAAGUAUAAGUUGUUUGUCGAACAGUUCCUGACAUCCAAAGAUGCGACAGAUUAUUUUAGGGACAACAACGUAGAAACAAGUAUUAUUGAUGAAGAGAUUGAACGAGUUAUCCAUCACUCAUCUAUCAGAAAGCACUAUUACAAGAAGAAAAACGCCGAUGAUCAUAGGAAACGAAGAUUCGAGGCGUUAUUUGAUGAUGAUGGUGCUGAAACUAAUGAAUUACAUUCACAAGCGCAUAUAUCACCUGCCCGUCCUAACCCGCCUACUCAAUCUCUUUCUGAUGAAACUUAUCAUUUACCAGACCCUUUUAUCGAACAAUCAGAGCAACAUGUGUUGCGUGUUAUCAAAGAUAGGAAUCUGUAUAAUUUACAAACACCAUCCAAACAUGUCAUAUCGCCACAUAAACCCAUAAUAGAAGCAGAGGAUUUAUCUGUUUUGAAACCUUUUUUUGAUAUCUGUUUAAGUAGCUGCCAAUCAGCAGCCUCGCCAAACACUAUUAUGGAAUUUGAAGAUAUGCUCAAAUCUCAAAUGAAUCUAGAUAGCUUACGUACACUUGGUGCUGACAUCGUUGACUGGGUAGUGCGCAUACUUGGGUGGCAAGAAACCACCAUGUUCAAAAACCUGGGAGAUAUACCAGAUGUUCCUUUUUUGAACUUUGUCAAAUUUACCAUGGUCGACUUCCUUUUAAAUUGUUUGAAACCCCAAUCGUACAAUCACAAUGACGAAAGAUCAGUCUACUGCGAAAUAUUCAUCCCCAUGUUCAAGGCAUUUGGCAAUACAACUAAAAAAUUGAACUAUGUUUGGUGUGAAAAAAAAGCGAAAGAUUCAGAUUAUUUGUGGUUGGUGUCAAACAACUUUAAACUGGAAAAGGGGAAUAUCAAGCUUCUUGAUGGUGUAGGUCAAUUGGUUGAUAAAAAGUUGAAUUAUGUUAUGAUUGAAUCUUCCGGAUUCAACAAUCCCAGUAUGAUAUCUCAUACUUUGAACGAUUCGCUAAAGAACUUGAAGACUGGAUCUGAUAACUUGAAGUAUUCCCUAUCAAAUUAUAGAAAUGCUUCAUUUAAGACUGUGAAGAAGAUCAACGUUUACACAUGUCAUAUAAUCCAAAACAAGAUGACACUAGUCAGAUACAAAGUAUCAUCUCCGUCCCAAUGGCAGGUAGUCGAGUGUAGAUCUGCAUCCGUUCCCACUUCUUUCUCUGGAAUUGUUCAAUACACAAAAGUAUUUGAGCUAUUUGCGUUUCUUUUACUGGAUAUAGCUGAACAGGAGGCCAUUUUUCAUCAAUUGGAAUUGGAAUCAUCGGGUUUAGUUAAAGUACCAUCAGAUGAAACCGUUGCUCAUCAUUUAAUAAAUCUCCAACAAAGCGUAUGCUUCUCAUCACGAUCAACUUCAAACAAAAAUAAUACAUACACAGAACAAGUGUCAUCUAUUAAACUUCUUUUGAUACUGAAACGUUUUAUAUCAGUUUCUGCUUGGGGAAGAGCUCGUUAUCCACACCAAAGUCCUGUUUGA